GCGCGCCUUUACCUCAAACGUUUAUUUUGGAUCAUGCUAACUCCUGUGCUAGCGGAGGUCCAGCCUGUUCUAUUUUACUGACUUUAUGCUCAAUCCACCUCUUACAGUCUAUCGAUUUUUGAAAAAAGCAAAUACAACAUCAAGAAAGCACUACCGGUAGACUAGAUCUUGGUCAGCAACCUGUGCCCACUGCCCAGCCAUCAAAUUCGUACAGGGAAUCGCGGGGUGUUUCGCCCGACCUUGAGCUCUGGACUCCCUCCUGCGGUUCUUACCAACUGUUCAUAUCAGGUGACCUCGCGAUUUUCCAGUGCUCACCCCGCCACAGGGUUAGGGUCUGACAAGCGCGUUGAACAGACUUUCGCCACUUUGAUCACUCGACUUGCGUGUUUGCCGCUGCCAUUCAUACCAAUCUCCCUUAGUUCACUGUGCAAAGUGUUGCUUUUUACAUUCAUAGUAUCCCAAUCAUCUAGCACACAACAUAUGUGACUUUUUACACCACAGAUUCAAGCACAAUCCGCUGAAGAGCAUCAUGGGAGCGGUUACGAAAACAUCGAAAACUCCUCGUUCAAUGGCAAAAACGACCCCCGCUAGACAAGUCUUUACAUCUGCGUCCAAGAAGAAGCCCGCACCAAACGCGAGCAUUUUGAGCUUUUUCAAGAAGACCCCAGCGCCCGAGGAAACUUUAUUUGUAGGAAAUGAGGUGUCGGCAGCUGCUUUCGUGGCAGAAGAAGACUUGAAUGACGUUGACGAUCCUACCGCAGAACGGUUCAAUGAGGUUGAUGUUCCGGUCAAAAGACGCAAGCUCAGUUGUGACGACCGGGAGAAGGAUGCGCCGGCUCAUGCAGUCGUAAAAGAGGAAGACCCGGUCAAAGAUCCGAGAGCCAAAUCUCCAACAUCCCAACCAGCUCGAAAGCCCACCAAGAAAGGCCCCUUUCUGGAUGACGACGAUUCGGACGAUGAUUCAGACGACAGCCACCAUACAGAUCAUGAUAAUAGACCAGCGAAGCGCAAGAUAGAAUCGCCUAAAAGGAUUCCAGAAACGGAUCAAGAAUCAAAAGCCCUUCAGCCCAAAGAAAGUCUGUUACCCGUAUCUCCCUCAGCGACCCACAACCAAAAUACAGAUCUAAUUCAGGAGGAGCAGGAACAUGACGACUUUGGCGAUAAUCCAGAGGGGCCCGAGUGGGGGGAUAUUGACGAUGCCGACGAGGCAGGUGAGGAAGGUUUGGAAAGGCGGUAUAUGGAAUACCAGGCUCGAAUAGAGGCCCAAGAAUUCGAGACGGCUAUCACCAACAGCUCUGAUGAAGUGUCGGGCCCUACCGAUGGUGCAGAAUGCUGUCCUAUAUGCUUUUCUAGCCUGGCUGGAGUAACAGCUGAACAGGCGAGUGUUCAUGUCAACAGCUGUCUUGACGGAAAGCCCACGCCGCUGCCCAACCAACCAAAGUCGAAUAUCCCUGCGCCCAAGACUACAAAAAAUUCCCCGCCAUCGGAACAAAACAAGGUAGUCGAAUCCUCAAAAAUGAGCAGGCGAUUUGCUCGUGCAGCCAUUGCACGCCCAGGUCAGGCGAACCCUAUCACGCUUGAUGCGCCAGCGACCUCGGCCUCCAUUGGUAAUACGUCGGCAUUUUCCAAACUGAUGUCGGGUCACGCCGAGAACAAUGCUUGGGCGGCCGCCGCUGCGGCAGAACAAUCCUCCCGCGGCAGACAAGCUUACGAGCGGACAUGUCCAUUUUACAAGAUCAUGCCGGGCCUCUCUAUAUGCGUGGAUGCGUUCCGGUAUGGUGCUGUGCAGGGCUGCAACGCGUAUUUCCUGAGCCACUUCCACAGCGAUCAUUAUAUUGGUUUGACUGCCAACUGGACACAUGGUCCUAUAUAUUGCAGCAAGGUGACAGGAAGUCUCAUCAAGUCGCAAUUACGGACAGCGGCCAAGUACGUGGUCGAGUUGGAGUUUGAAGAACGGUUCGUUGUGCCCGGGACUGAGGGCGUAGUGGUGACGAUGAUCCCGGCAAAUCACUGUCCAGGGAGUUCCCUCUUUUUAUUCGAGAAGACGUUAGGCAAGGGAAGCAGUGCGAGGGCACAGCGCAUCCUGCACUGUGGAGAUUUCCGGGCAUGUCCUGCUCAUAUCGCUCACCCUCAGCUCAUGCCAGAGGUCAUUGACAGCAUAUCAGGCAAGAUCAAGAAGCAAAAGAUCGAUAUCUGCUACCUUGACACAACGUAUCUCAACCCGCGCUAUUCAUUCCCACCCCAGGAAGUUGUCAUAAGAUCAUGUGCCGAAUUAUGCGCCGCGCUGCACCGCGGCUUGCAAGAGAAAGACGAGUCUGUAUGGACAAAGAUCCUGCGCCGACGUGAAGGCGUCUCGGAUAAUGACGUGAGCCGCUUCUUCAUCAAUAGCGACGGUUCGGGCCAAUCUCCAACAAAAAAGGGUAGUUCAAGCGCGUGUAACAACCAUCCAAGUGCGUUGACUGCACUUAACCCAAAAUCACGCCUACUGGUGGUUUGUGGAACGUACAGCAUUGGCAAGGAGCGUAUCUGCAAGGCAAUAGCCCAGGCCUUGCGCACCAAAAUAUUUGCAUCGGCGCACAAGAUCCGCAUCAUUGCGCAACUGGGCGACCCCGAGUUGACGGCAUUGAUGACCUCGAAUCCCGCCGAGGCGCAAGUUCACAUGCAGAUGCUCUCCGAGAUCCGGCCAGAGACACUCUCCGACUAUCUCGCCACAUACCGCGCCCAUUUUGGCCGCAUUGUGGGGUUUCGUCCUUCCGGAUGGAACUACCGACCAGCGGGGACGGCUGCGAAUGCCAACGCUUCCCCGUCAUCUGUGGCAAUGACGACUCUGCUGCACGGCGGAAAUUGGAGGCCGCAAUACGCAUCCAAGGACCUCGUGCCGCAGCGCGGGAGCACCAACGAGGCCAUGUGCUUUGGCGUUCCUUAUAGCGAACACAGUUCCUUCCGCGAGUUGGCCAUGUUCAUCAUGAGUCUUCAUAUCGAGAAGGUCGUUCCCACCGUGAACGUGGGAAGCGAGGUUGGGCGCAAGAGGAUGAAGGGUUGGACUGACCGCUGGCUGGCAGAGCGUCGCAGGGGUGGUCUUACCAGGCUUAUUCAGGAUGGGGAGGGAGAGGAAGGACAGGCUGCUGAACAGAACUCGAGGACUCUCUGGGAUGGGAAAAGUAACCAGGGGGGUGAUUUGCGAUGGUGAUUAACGAGGAGUCCUUUUUGAUGGCUUAUGAUGAUCUAUAGUAAAUGUUUAUGACAGCCCAUAAAAUGCGUGGGAACAAGGGUUGAUCCGGUCAUUCGAUUUGUGCCAGGCAUGCG